AGUUUGGUGGGAUCCCUCGACUGAGACAGUUCAAGUGAAAAAAAUAAAAAUUAAACAGACAUACAGCAAAGUCCAAAGAAAAAAAAAGUUCAAUCCCCAAAGAAAAUGUGAAUUCUUGAAGGAAUCCUAAUUUAAUUUUAAAAAAAAACUUCUUUUUCUUCAAACUUUUCAUUCUUCCUUCAAAUCCUCUCUUGUGAUAUUCUACCAAAGACUUUUUUUUUUGCCUAACUCUUCAGGACAUUCAAAAGGACUCAGCAAUGAGUAAAAUACUUAUUUUCCUAGGUCUCUGUAUUGUCCUUUUGGGAUACCUUGUUUGUGUUAAUGGAUACAUCGUGCACACAGAUUUGGAGACAAGUAUUGGUGAUAUGCCAAUACAGGAUGCUCCGCACGAAGUUCAUUUGAACAAAACAAAAAGGCAUUAUUGGUUUCCCUUCAAUGAGCGCGAGGAGAAUCCGGAAUGUCCCCCAGAUUAUGGGUCAUCCAUUGAAGAUUUCCCCGAUGACCUUUUCACCCAAGAACAGAGGCGACAAGGUGCAAUUAUACUUCACAUUAUUUGCGCUAUAUACUUCUUCACAAUCACAGCAAUGGUUAUCAAUUCAUACUACAUCCCGUGUAUUGAGUGCAUUUGUGAGGAUUUAAAUAUUUCACCGGAUGUGGCAGCAGCAACAUUUAUGGCAACAGCAACAGCAAUGCCAGAAUUAUUCACAAAUACCAUCUCAAUCUUCCUUACGGACUCCGAUAUGGGUAUUGGGACUGUUAUUGGAUCGAUGAUGUUCAAUAUUUUGGGCGUAACUUCAAUUGUUUGUUUCUUUGCACGGGACACGUAUCAAAUUGAAUGGUUCCCAAUAUCACGAGACUCCCUCCUGUACUUCAUUCAUGCAGCCUUUCUCACGGGCCUCGCAUGGGAUAAUGAGAUAAUGUGGUGGGGAACCAUAAUUAUGCUCAUUUUGGUCGUCAAUUACUACAUUGUUAUGAUUUUUAAUUCGAAAAUUCAACGAAAAAUUGUAUAUUUGGUUGAAAAUAAAUGCCUCUGCUGUCGAAUUAAGAAAUACGAUUUUGGUAAUUCGACAAUAGAAGAAGUGAGUGCUGGGGAAAAACCCCGAAAAUCCGAGAAAGUCGUUCACAUUUCCACCAUUUCUCCGACAAUCAUUGAACCAACGAAAGAACCCUCGGAACCCCCAACUAGACCCGCAACACCCCCACCAGCACCACCACCAGCAAGACCAUCAACAACAUCAAAUUCAAAUCCCAACCCUAGGUCAUCAAUCCUCUCAAAUAUAAUCCGACGACCCUCGGUGUCCCCCUCGGAAGAUUCCCAGAUCACAACGGAAUUCCCACCACCACAGCUGGACCCCCGGAGGCCAUCGUUAAUGCUAAAGCCACCCAUUACGAAACCCUUUGUCCUGUGGAACAUGCCAAGAUCCUCGAUUACGCGGAGAGUUUGGUGGGUCUACACCUGGCCCAUUCGUUUUGUUCUCACCUUCACCGUGCCAUCGCCAAAGCGCAUGCGACGCCUGUACCCACUAACAUUCAUCAUGUGCAUCAUCUGGAUUGCCAUAAACUCAUACAUGAUAUUCUGGAUGCUUACAGUUAUCGGUUAUACCUUCUACAUUCCGGAAUCAGUCAUGGGAAUGACCUUUCUGUCCUUCGGUGGGUGCACCCCUGAAGCUAUCACUGGCUAUAUACUCACUCGCAAAGAAAUGGGUGGAAUGUCCAUUGCCAAUGCCAUUGGAUCAAGUUCAGUAGCAAUGAUUUUAUCACUCGGACUGCCAUGGUUCAUUCGUACAAUGGUUGACGGUGCUGGAUACACAGAUGCCCACAUUGCGCUCAAAUCCAGCGGAAUUCAAUACAUAAUUGCCUCCCUACUUGCCGUCAUAGCAAUUAUGUACUUCAUUAUUGCAGUAAGUAAGUUUAAGAUUCGAAGAAUUCUAGGACCAUUCCUUAUUGGUUUCUACAUCAUCUUCAUCACAUUGGCCAUUCUUGUAGAAAUGGAUGUAUUUAUUGGUGGGAUUCAAUGCUAAGAUUUUAAUUUUUUACAUUUAACCAAAAUCAUUUUUUUUCUACACCGCUACCUAUUCAUUUUUAUUAUAGUCAUGAAAAAUUUACUUAGGAAGGUUAAUACUCAUUGUAUGUACAUACAUUUUUUUUGCAAUAAACUUAAUAAAAUAUAGAUUAGGACCUAGAAGACCCCCAAGGAAGAAAAGGGGGCUGAAAGAAAGACGAAAAAUAAACUCCAAUACUAAAAGAA